AUGAUAAAAUUUUUUAUUAACUCCUUAGCCGUGGGACAGAUGCUCAUGGGGCCAAGAGAUUCACUUGAUGAUGAGCCGGAUACUGAAACUGCGUCGAUCGGUCUUCUCGGACCACGAAGAUGGAGUCAGCUUCUUGGCUUGAUGACCCGGUACAAUCCGGACUUUGACACGAGAACGUAUUUUGCUUACGGAUGCAAUUGUCAGUUUUUUGGUGAUCGACCGAUGAGCGGCCCUGGCGGCGGGCCACCAAUGGACAAACUCGACCGAACUUGCCGAGAAUACCGGAAUUGCCAGAAAUGCACGAGAAUGCAAUUCGGGGACGAGUGUCGCGGCGAAUUCGUUCGUUACUCGGAAACGGUCGAUGCACUUGGUAACUACAAAUGUGGAGAUGAGCCGGGCACGUGUGCCAGGGCAAUUUGCGAGUGCGACCAUCGAUUUGCGCGGGAACAUGCUGAUAAGCGCGAAUUUUACAACGAAGAAAACCACAGUUUCUAUUCUCCAAGUGGCUUUGACGACCGUGUCUACUGCCCUGCUUCUCGAGGAACUCGCAAUCGUGAUUACCAAGCAGAUUUGCAGUGCUGCGGAGGUGAGUCAAAGCCGUUUUUGCUUUACGAUGCGAACGCGAAGUCUUGCUGUGAUGGUAUUGUCAACGAAGGUGGAUGCUGA